ACCUGGCAAAAAAUGGGAGACAAAAGAAAAUUUAUUGAAGAACUGAGAAAAGUUUUUCCAAAAGCUAAAGACAUGCCAGAUGACCAGCUGCUUUUCACUUACAAUGGAUUGCUAUACCCCAGUACAAUUUGCAGUCCGGCCACAUUUCAGGCUUUAAAGUCAUUUGAGGCUAGAGAAGAUGAUAUACUGAUGGCUGCUUAUCCAAAAUGUGGAAGUAAUUGGACUUUACAGCUAUUAGGUGACAUGGUAAAAGCUGUGUACAACAAAGACAUGCCGGCAAUGAUUCCAAUGCUAGAAUUUGGUGCUCCAGAAAAAUAUCAGAAACUAAAAGAAGAAUCCUCGCCCAGAAUUUUAUCAACCCAUUUCCCUUAUGAUGACAUACCAAAAACAUUUUUUGAUAAGAAAGUAAAGAUUCUUGCGGUGUUUCGCAAUCCUAAAGAUACUGCUGUGUCAUUUUUCCAUUUUUAUAAUAACAACCCCAUGCUUCCUAACUAUAGUUCGUGGGAUACAUUUUUCCAAGAUUUCAUAACUGGCAAAGUUGUGUGGGGAUCCUAUUUUGAUCAUGCAAUUGAAUGGAACAAACACAUUGAUGAUGAAGGAAUUCUUAUAGUCACAUUUGAGGAGAUGAAGCAGGAUUUAGAAGCUGCUGUGCGGAAGAUUUCAGAUUUUUAUGUGUUAUCUCUAACGGAGGAGCAGAUUAAGCAAAUAGCUGAAAGAGGGACUUUCAAAUCAAUGAAGAAAAAAGCCAAAGAAACACGUGGCGACUUUGGGAACAUUAUAUUUAGGAAAGGUGAUGUUGGAGACUGGAAAAACUACUUCUCGGAUACUCAGAGUCAAGAAAUUGAUGCAAAAUUUGAACAGUGUUUAGCAGGAACAAAACUAGGAGAAAUGCUGAAUUAUGAUGUGUACUGUAAAAUAUAA